CCAUCAUUAUCACCGUCGUGCGGACUUACUCACUCUCGCGGUCCAGGUUGACCCGCUACCCACGCUAAUCCCUCCCCUCCUCUCCAUCCACGAUGCUCGUUACACGGCUCAAUUCCUUGUUCUCUCAGAAGGGCGAGAGAGGUAGCCUUGACUUGGCAAAGAUUUCGCGGCCGGUACCCUCCUCCGCCGAAGCUGCCCACAUCAGAUCCUCCUCAUCGUCAUCAGCAGGGACAGCGCCCAAAGCCAAGCCGGCUGUCGUGGUGCAGCAACUUCCCCUCCCUACUCCCUUUGCAGUACGCCGCCCACAGCAGGCCAAGCCCUCGAAUCCACAGUCACCUCGCUCUCCUCUGCUGUACUCCAAGGCAAAGGACGCCAACAAGGAGCCUGAGCCCAAGCCAGUCCCAACAGACUAUGGGGCGCUGCAAGAGGAAGAGGAGAAGCUGGCCAGUCGAUUCGAUUGGUCACCGUCUACCUCGCCCGAGCCCUCAAGCAAUACAAGGCGGUUGGCCAGACUGAAGAACUCGCCCAGCUUGACGUCCAGCAAUGACUCGUCCGCGGGUCGCAAUCCCUGGAGAAGUAGCAGGGAUGUGUUCACUUCCUCGGCUGGCAGCACGAGUAGUCGGCCCUCGUCAUCAAGCAAGAAGAGCUUGGACUUCGGUGCCAGCAAGCCAACCAUCACCCCAACUCAAUUGGUCGCCGUGACGCGAGGUCGCGAGCUAUUGCCCUUCGACGCUCUGCCCGUCCCGUUCUCGCAGCCAGGAAAGCCCUCCACUCAACGUCGUCCAACGCAAGCGCCGCCCAUCUCGCGCACAAGCAUGAGUAGGGAUCGACGAGUGCCCGUGAAUGUGGGCAACAUCUCAGCUACAAGCUCGUCAAUGGACUUGCCGACCUUUGCCGCUCCACGACCGGCGCCUGUGCCACCCCUUCAGCUCCGCAGCAGCGUUUGCCCCGCCCCUCGCCCUACCUUUUCGAGAGCCAUGAGUCAUGGUGACGCUGAGCUCACCAGCUCUUCCACUAUCGCGCAAAGCUCACUGCUUCAACCGCAGCCUCGUCGUGCCCAACCAGCUGCGAGCCCGUCUUCGAUGCGACCGCCAAGUGAAGCCCUCUCGCUCAGCAACUUCGACUUUGAGCUCCCCUCGCUACUCGCUACAGAUGAAAGUCGACUGCUAGCUAUGGGCGCCCGCAGGAGCGGCUUCACGAACGGCAGCGGUGAUUCGCCAACUGUUGCAAGACGACCUGACCUGCCCCACUCUCAGUCCAUGUCCGCGCUCAGUAGCCAUGCUCGGGCAGCCAGCAGCAAGCCGGCUUCCCCGACCGCGGGUGGUACGGCUAGCUCCUCGCGCACGUCAUCGCCACGUCGCCGCUCGAAGCGCAAGAGCAGAGUCAUGCCCCCUACACCGCCCGUAGGCGAUCGUAUCUCCUCGCGACAGCAUCGCGGUGACUCGGAUGCGACGAUUCGUCCUGCCAACCCACUAGGUCAACAGAUGGCAGCUUCGUCCCCUCUCGCAUCGCCGCGCAAUCCCUCGCUCUCAUCGGCAUCGCUGAGCUCCACUCCCUCUCCUCUCACCCCAACGCGAGGCUCACCAGUCAUCAAGAGCCCGGCCUUGCCGCCGCGCUCACCUUUGCGGGAGCGUCGUCGCAAGCUUGGCCCUGCUCUGGCUCUCGGUGGCGCAAGCAUGGGUGCGGAAGCCCACGCAGGCAACACCCCUCCACCUCGACACCGUCCAUUACGCCUCUCCCCCUCUGCAUCUUUUGGUUCUCUUCCCCGCUCUGCUAGGCCGCGGUCUGCCUGCAUCGCAGGCUUGCCGGCUACCCCACCUCCCAUGCCUCCGCCAAGUGGGCCGUUGCCUGAGGUGCCGACGUACUUCGACAUGGCGGAGAGCUACCUGCGCGAGGAGCAGGAGCAGCAGCGACGCGCUUCGAUGCGCGCCUCUUCUGCCGGCAACGGGAGCGAAGAAGAGGAGAUCAUCUUCACGACCGACAGAAAGCUGCUCCGCCCGGCAUCUACAUCGACCAUGGGCAGGCUGAGGGCAGACUCUGCCGCCUCUGCCGCGUCUGUCUACUCUGUGCCCUCACCAUUGGCGGCACACUUCCCCUUGCCGCCACUAGUGGAGCGCGACGUCUCUUCGUCGUCCAGCACGGCGGAAGCAGCUCAGCCGCUUUCGAUCACCAGCACCGCCGCUCCAGUGGUGCCGCUUCGCCAGCCAUACGGUCACGGGGCGAGGCGGGGCUCAAACUCCUCGCGCGGCUCCUACACCUCGUACGGCUCCUCGUCUCCCGUCUCCACACGCUACGGGAGUGCGGUCAGCUCGCAGUCGCAGGGCCCGAGCAGCUGGGGGAGCGGCAGCGGCACAUUCAGCAGUGGGGGGAGGAGGGGCAGCGGCAUUGUGCCAGGGAGUGCCGCGACUACAUUCGUCGGUCUCUCUACGCCUGGUGGGAGCAGUGCAGCCGGUACUGUCGGGCCUGCCACGCCACCCUCGCUGUAUGGGUCGGGCGAGAUGGGUGAGGCGCAGCUGCUCACCGCCAGUCCGAACAGGCGCGGUGGGCUUGGUUUGACGUUCAGCUCGAGCCCGAGUCAAAGCCCGGGCUACUACGAACAGGCAGGCACUGGUGGGAGCUGGUCGACCCUCUCACCGCCAACAUCUCCUGCCACCACAAGCGGCUACAUUACCGCCCGCAGCUCCGCGUCAGCCAUGCUUCUCUUCGAAGCACUGCAGCUCGACGUCCUCUCACCGACUGCCGCUGCCUCAGAAGGGAAGACGAAGCUGGGUAGACCUGCUCCACUCGACCUGCGUCUGGGAAGCGGAGCGGGCAUGGGCGCUGGAGUGGGCAUGGGAAGGAGUAAGAGUGCAGCUCCUAUUGGGGCUGCGACGAAGAGUAAGGUCCAGCGUAGUGGCCGUGGUGCCCGGGGCCAGCAGCAAGAGGGGGAAGCAGAGCUGGUGUGGCCCAAGUCGGCUGGGGCAGAGAGGAGGUACGGGUUUGCGAUGUAGCGCGCGAGGGGUGCGCGCGAGGGGGUAGAGGCUUUCAAGAAAUACACAGGCCAAUUGGGACAAUGAUUCAAUUUAUUGU